UUGGAUCCUGUUCAUUAUUAUACAACUCCAGGUUUUGCUUGGAAUGCUAUGUUUAGAAAAACAGGUAUAGAAUUAGAAUCGAUAACAGAUAUUGAUAUAUAUUUAAUGUUUGAACAAGGAAUAAGAAGAGGAUUAUCUCAAUGUAGUAUUAGCUAUUCUAAAACAAAUAAUAAAUAUAUUGGAGAAAAAUAUAAAAAAGAACAAACAGAAAAAACAACACCGAAAUAUCUGUUAAAUUUGGAUGCAAAUAAUCUCUAUGGGUGGGGUAUGUGUGAAUAUUUACCAUAUAAAGGAUCUAAAUGGUCUGAUCCUGAUUGCUUUGAUACAGAAAGAAUUUUAAAAAUGAAAGAAGACCAUAAAAAAUGUUAUAUUUUUGAAGUAGAUUUGAAAUACCCUGAAAAGCUUCAUGAUCUCCAUUCGGAUUAUCCAUUGGCUCCUGAAAAUGUCUUUUAUAAUAAAGAAUUAACAAAAUUAACAACAACUCUAUACGACAAGAAAAAAUAUAAUCUACAUUAUAGUAAUCUUAGGCUGUAUUUAAGUUUAGGUUUAAAAUUAAAGAAAAUACACAGAGUAAUAGAAUUUGAACAAAAAGACUGGUUAAGACCAUAUAUUUAA